AUUUUCACAAUUGAAUUAUGGCUGAAGAACCACUUGCCUCCAUCAAUGAGAAUGUUUGGAAUCUCUGCAGGAAUCCUUCGGUGAAAAUCCCAUGAGGAACUGAAGACACAUUCAGAUCAGGGGAUUAAACUCUAUUUAUCAUCAUGGAUCUUUCAUUUAUGGCUGCGCAGCUUCCUGUAAUGAGCGGAGCUUUCAUGGACACAUCGCCCGUUGAUGACUGCAGCACAGAAAACUAUCUCUUUAACUCAUCGGCCAGUGUGAACGCAGCAGCCCCUGCAUCAGCACCCGCGCAACAGGACGAGGAGCGCCAGGUGUCCAGUGAUGCCAUCUGGCUGUGGAUUGCCAUCAUCGCCACCAUUGGAAACAUCGUGGUGGUUGGAGUGGUUUACGCUUUUACUUUCUGACCCCUUUUACUUUCUGACCCCUUGUUGAGGAACUCAACAAGGCUUAACAGACAAUUGUAGACUGCAUAUGGCAUCCCAAAGGACAAAAGUCACGUAUUGGUGGAGAUGCUUUUAACAAAGGAGUUCUAAUACAACUGAAAAGCAUUAUCCGCUAGCAUUCACGUUCAUCUCAAUGGCAGUUGCUCGGCUGGUGCAUGCAGCCCUGGAAGUACUGUAUUUCAGCCAAUCACCUGAACCGUAAAAUGACAUGUGACUCAUUUAUCUGGAGCCUCAGGAAAAUGAUAUCAUGGCUAAACUGAUUGGCUGACUGCAACACAAGAGCACGCACAGUCCCAAUUUCUUAACUAGCAAGCUGUGACGUCAAAGUUUAUUUCACACUUUUAACACUAUAACGCCGUGUGUAUUAAAUAUGAUACACAAUGUUUGAUGGCUCC